CUGUGCAACAGCUGAUGAUUUUUCCACGUUUAUCAUUUUUUUUGAUGAUGAUAAAUUACCAUAUGCAAACAAAAUUUUGCAAAAUUUCUGCAUCCUGAAAUCUCAUCAUGAAAGUUGGCUGAAUUCCUUCAAUUCCUUCCACAAAUCUGCAAACAAAUUAUGGCACUCAGAAUGUUCAUUGAGAAAGCAGUGCUGAUUUUUUUACUGCACAAUUUCUUGUAUACUCACGUCUAUUCAUGGAACAACGAUGAACUGGAAGUAUUUGAUGCUGUUGAUGAUGUCAAACAGAACUUUUAUACUUUGUUAAACGUUACUCAGGAUGCCAAUCUGAAUGCUAUCAAAAAAUCAUUUCGUAAACUUUCUCUGGCUUUACAUCCAGAUAAAAAUCCUUCUCCAACAGCAGAUCAGGAUUUCCGGCACAUCGUUACAGCAUAUGAAAUUUUAAAAAGUUCCGAAAAACGUCAGUAUUAUGAUAAAUUCCUGGAACAUGGUAUGCCCGAUUGGAGGCAAGCCGUGUAUUAUUAUCGAAGAGUUCGGAAGAUGGGAUUGCUAGAAAUGUGUUUGAUUUUGACGGUUAUUAUCAGUAUUGGACAGUAUUUGGUCGCAUGGGCAUCGUACAUCGAACAGAAGUAUACGUUGAAAGAACUGCUCAAAUCCAAAGACAAAAAAGUGAAAAAAAUGAAAAAGGGAAAAUCUGAUACCAUUUCGUUUUCAGACGAAUUCAUCGAGUCUAAUGUUAAGAAACCGAGUGUACUGAACACAUUACCUUUUCAAAUAUGUUACAUUACGAAAGCUUUAGUUAUUUUUCUUUUCAAACUAGUCAUUUCAACGAUUAAAGAUUGGAAUAAAGAAUCUACGGUAAAGAUGCCAAAAGAGCAAACUCGUCAAAGAACUGAACCGUAUUCAAAAUCCAGUCACGAAAAACCAAAAAAAGUUGACUUUACUCCAGAAUUAGUCAGCUAUGAGCCAGAAAUACAGCGAACUACGAAUAAAAAAACUGACGAAGUAAUCGCCAAAAGUUCUCCGGUUAUCGUUGGUGGAUUAUGGACGGACGAUGACAUAUUAGAUUUAAUUAAAUUAGUUAAAAAGUAUCCCGCCGGUGAAUCGGAAAGGUGGCAAAAGAUUGCCGAUGCUAUGAAUAGAACGGUAUCCGAAGUUACUCAUAUGGCUAAUAAAAUCAAAGACAACGAUUUUCGUUUACCUACUGAAAACGAAGAAGAAAAUGUAGAACCCGAACCUAAAAAAGUGAAAACUCGGGGUGGUAAAUUAGGAAUUGUGGACGUUGAAGGAGAAGAGGAGAAUAAGCAAAGUUCGAAUUGGACUCAAAUUCAACAGAAAGCUUUUGAAACUGCUCUCAAUAAAUAUUCCAAAAAAACAAUUGACGAUCGUUGGGAAAAAAUUGCCAAUUGCGUACCUGGAAAAACUAAAGAGGAGUGUAUGCUUCGUUAUAAAAAAAUAGCGUCGAUGGUCAGGCAAAGAAAAACCGUCGAAGAAGCUCAAGAAAACAGCUAAUACAGAAACGAAUGUAGGAAUUUUUUUACUAAUUAAAACAACUGUGAUUAUUUUAUACGUAUCUGCGAAUACGUCAAGAUUGGUAACAUUGCAACGUUAUCUUAUCGUGGUGGAACACGAAAUCAUUGUAAAAAUUGAACUUUGGUUUACAUGUAAUCGUUUUUAUAUGAGUACGUGGAAAUUAAUUGUUCAUGCUCGCGGUUUAUAUAAAAUUCUCUACGAAUUCGUGUAUAAUAAUGAUAUUUUCUUCAUUUUUAUGUAUUACUUGUACGGAGUAAUUUUGAUUUGCCAAAACUUUGUUUCAAAAAGGAGAUCACGUAAGUUGAAUUUUUAUACAAGUUCUUUUUCCCUAAAAUAUCAAAGAAUAUACCUCAAUAAAAGUUAAAUUAUUCGACAAUAAGUAUCGAAGGUUGUAAUAAAGGGUAUCUACGCACAUUAAUUAACGUAGAGUUUAUCAAAAUCAUCUUCAAUAGUUACCAUUUUUUAAUUUAUGGGAAUUUCCACUAAGGUAAUUUAUUUUGAAGUAUUACUAUCCUAAGCGUUGUAAUAUAAGUACUUCUUUUGCUAAUUUUGAUAAAAUUUACAUAGGCCUACAUCGUCGUGUGUGAGUAUUACCUACCUACCUAUCUAUCUGUUUCGUAGAUUUUACACCAUUUGAUUAUGAUUAUUCAUUUCGUGAAAACAUUGUAUUCUUGUGCGUUGUUUUUUAAGUAAUUGCUUCAUAUUAUGAAAUAUUUUCUAUCUGUUUGAUUUUGAGUGCAAAUGAUUGUGAAAAAAUUGAGCAGAUAUUUUUGUUAAUUUUUUUACAUGUUCAUUUUCCUGGUUAAUUUCCGAUUUUUUACUCAAUUUUAUAUGAAUAGUGGUUAAGCUUUUUUUUUCGAUUAAUAUUCAUUUAUUACGUACCUCAAAAUAAUUUGAAAGAAUUUUAUUUGUGUGAAGAAUUUCUUCAGUGAAGUGUUUUUGUUUUUCUAUUUUGUAUUUCUAUUUUUUCUCGAUGAAUUAAAAAAUAUAUAAUUACGAUUCGUGUUAAA